CACCCCUGCAGGCCCCACCCUUUGUGUUACCCACCGCCCGUCAAUCAAAACAGAAACAAAAUCCUGACAGUUAUCAACCUUUUUCUACGCGUAUACAAUCAAUAUAACUCGAUGAUCAUGUCCGGUGGCUUGUGACUACCAGGACUCUCCGUUUGACGACGAGUCACGCAAUGACUGCCCCAGAACAGCCAAUGAAACCAGGAGAUAUGGCUGCCUUGGACGUGGACAGCAGUCAAAGCGGGUUUUUGCAGCAUGAAGAAGGCCGGGGCUGUCAGGACACACAGCCGUCACCCCUCGACCUGCUAGCAACCACCUGCACUAAGGUUGGGUCACCGUCGUCAGAGGUGGACAGAGGUGCUGCUGCCGCUGAUGUGACAACAGGUGCAACAUCUACGCAGCUUACUGAGACUGAUAAAUGGGAGGUGUUAACCCCCACAACAUCAGCAAAGGAUGAAUCUGGAAUGAUACAAAUCCAAAGUCAAGGGAUAUUAACAUCAAACGGACAGUAUGUUGUUCCUCUCCAGAACUUACAGAGUCAGCCAAUUUUUGUGUCGUCAGGAACAGACGCCUCUUCUGCCAAUUCAGUGCCUAACAUUCAGUACCAAGUAAUUCCUCAGAUUCAGACAGCAGAUGGACAGCUGAGCUUCUCCACAUCCGGCAUGGAAGCAGCGACUCUGACUCAGGAUGCCACGGGGCACAUUCAGAUCUUGCCUGAUGGUAGCCAGAGUCUCAGUGUGACAUCAACUGCAAACAUCCUUAAUAACAACCAGAACCUCAUAUCACAGACUGGUAAUGUCCAGCAGAUCCAAGGGGUGUCUAUUGGCAGCUCCGCCUUCAACAACCAGGGUCAGGUUGUUACUAAUGUGCCUGUGGGUUUGCCCGGGAACAUUACUUUUGUUCCUAUUAAUAGUGUGGACUUGGACUCCCUCGGCCUGUCUGGUGCUCAGACUAUAGCAACAGGGGUCACUGCUGAUGGGCAGUUAAUCAUGGCAAGUCAUCCUACGGAUGGCUCAGAGAGUCUGACGAAGACAGAUGAUCACCUGUCACAGACACUACCAGUAAAUGACUCAAAUGCAAAUCCUGAGAUAUUUGUGCCAACGUCUUCCUCUCAGCUACAUGAUCCAGCAAAUGGAUCUGGUUUGCUGACGCAAGACACUUCAUUGUCAUCAAUGGCUACAGAGCAAGUCAACUCGAGUUCUGGUCUCCAGGAGGGCUUCAUCCAACAGAAUCAAGAGCAGAAUGUCCAGGUGUCCUCAGCUCAGCCCAUCAUCCAGCUGCAGCAGGUUCCUGUUCACACCAGCAACGGUCAGGUGGUUCAGUCAGUGGCGACAGACGGGCAGGGCCUGCAAAAUGUGCAGCUGAUCAACCCGGGAACCUUCAUCAUCCAAGCCCAAACGGUCACGCCGUCAGGCCAGAUACAGUGGCAGACCUUUCAGGUGCAAGGAGUGCAAAACCUGCAGAACCUUCAGCUGCCCACCACACCACCCCAGCAGAUAACCCUGGCUCCAGUCCAGACUCUGUCUCUGGGUUCCAAUCCAGUCAGCAUCAGCACAGGGCACAUCCCCAACCUGCAAACAGUGACAGUCAACUCAGUGGCGCAACAGGAAGGAGAUACAGACACCCCUGGAGACAUUCGGAUAAAGGAAGAGCCAGACGCCGGAGACUGGCAGUUAAGCAGUGACUCCACCCUGAACACAAGCGAUCUGUCCCACCUUCACGUCAGGCUGGUGGAUGAGGAGGAUCAGUUGGGCCAGGAGGGCAAGAGGCUGCGCAGAGUGGCGUGCACUUGCCCCAACUGUAAAGAGUCAGGAGGGAGGGGAUCCAGCAUGGGGAAGAAGAAGCAGCACAUCUGCCACAUCGCGGGCUGUGGGAAAGUAUAUGGAAAGACGUCACACCUGCGAGCACACCUGCGCUGGCAUUCAGGGGAGCGACCUUUUGUUUGCAGCUGGAUGUUCUGUGGGAAGAGGUUCACACGCAGUGACGAGCUGCAGAGACACAGGAGAACACACACAGGAGAGAAGAAGUUUGUCUGCCCAGAAUGUUCCAAGCGCUUCAUGCGGAGCGACCACCUGGCGAAGCACAUUAAAACUCAUCAGAACAAAAAAGGCGUGAACUCUGGCAGCGCUGUGGUGGCCUCGAUGGAAUCCGCGGGGUCCUCAGACAGUAUCAUCACCACGGCAGGCGGGACCACCCUCAUCCUCACCAACAUCCAGCAGGGCUCCAGCAACGCCCAGGACAUCCUGGCCAACGCAGAGAUCCCUCUCCAGCUCGUCACCACGGUAGCGGCCAGCGAAGUCAUGGAGUGAUUUACACUCCACUUAUGAACUUCUGCAACCUCUCUCAUAUACUCCUACCUACAUUUUUAUUAAGUUUUGAAGAAAAACUAAAAUUAUAAAUAUAUAUAUAUUUUAACACAGAAAUAGUCAGUCCUUGUCCACACUCAGUUUUUACUGAGGGGAAACUAGCAGUGUGGAAGAUAAAGGUGGAAGAAGACAUUGCAGUAAACACACAAGGAAAUGCCUUAUUUUGUACAAUAUUGUGUAGUUGGAAAUGUAGGGUGCCAUUUUGUUUUGAAUCUCCUUUGUUUGUUUGUUUGUUAAUGACGUGUUUUUCACAGAAAAUUAUUGAUAAGUUGAACAAUUUUCUCCUCGCCUUUUGUUGAUGGUAUAUUCUGAUGAUGUCCUUGGUAAGCAAGGUUUGUUCCAUAUUCCUUUUUGAGCAAAGACUAAAUCUCACAACCGAGCUAAUUUUAUCCAGCUGAAGUCAUGUUAUUGCUUACGUCCAUGCAAAUUUAUUCAUGUUAUGUGUUUGGUUUGUUUCUUUACAUUAUGCAUUUUUUUUCAGUGUCCUCUUUGCAGUCAGUGCGCUUGCAAAUGAGCAAGCCUUCAUUCCUCCAUUUUCUUUAUUUGCUCACACCUACUCUAUUUUGCAGGUGAAAAUGAAAAACAAUCAGAAUUUUGUAUUGUAAUUCCUCUUGAACAUAAUACUGUUGAUAUGAUACACAUUAUUUGCUUAUUAGAUAUUUUGACUGAACAGCUAUUUAUAUUGGGCUUUACAUAGAAAAUGCAUUUGUGAUAUUAAAAGUCCACAAUGUUUCAAAUGGCUUCAUUAUAUGUAAAUCAAAUGUGUUUUUGUAAAAACCUUUUUGGAGGACAACACAAAAAAAACCAUUGUAAUAUGAAGACAAAAAGCCAUUUUUGGAGGUAAUUGCCAAAUUUGACUACAAACUCAGGGUGAGUUGUGACUGUGUGAUAGAAGUAGAGUAAAUCACCCCUGUAGCCUCUCUGGCCAUGUUGGGGUGUUGUGAAGAAAUGUUAUGUGAUGGACCAAAAGCUGAGAUGAAUUAAGCUGUCACCAUGUUACCUAUGCUUAUCAAAUCUGAUCAUGUCAGUCUUUUUUUUUUUUUUUUUUUUUCUCCUUUGAUGAGGACAACCCCCGUUCUUCUUAUGGAAGCAGCUUUGCAGAAUUCUUCAGCAGUAUCUUUUUCCAUCAGUCCUAUCAGGCGUUUGAAAAGUGUCAGCGUAUUCUUGACAGCGGUACUCUUUUAACAGCACUGUUCUCAUCACUUUCAUCUUCUUGUUAAUCCUUUUUGUAUGAAAAAAAAUGUUUUGUAUACUCCCCAAGAAAACUGUCCUCUAUACCCAUGUCAGUAAAUGUACAAUGUUUCUGUCUUUGUGUUGAUUUAUUUUUCAUUAACUGUAUGUUGUAUUUCCUUUAUAUGUUAAUUAUGUGUUUUUUUAAAUAUUAUUUCCGACCCCCUUUCCACCAACUGUUGAAUUGUUAAACUGAAUACACGUACACACUGAACAGUGAAUUUACUGGUGGCAUAUUUGAUUUUUUUUUUUUUCCUUCAUUGUGACAAAUAAUGAAAGUAUGUGAUAAGAUCAUUUUUCCUCACAUGGACACACGGUCCCCUUCAAGAGAUUAUACUUUACCCUUUGAGUCCGAUAGCCGGAUGCUGUUGACACACUCACACAGCCUCUUCGUAUUAUGUACUUAAAAACACUGAAGGUUUAUUCUCAUUCAAAAAUCUUCUGUAUAAAUAUGUCAAUAUAUCAUCAAUAUAAACCUUUCUGUUACACUUGAA